ACCUAGGCGGCAGGAAACCGGAAGUGCGCGUUGCGCGCGGCUCUUUUUUUUUUUUUUGAGACCUAAAACUUGAAGCGAGAGCGCGAAGGAGAUGGAUCGGUACCUGCUGCUCGUCACCUGGAGGGAAGGGAAGUUUCCAUCGCCGGCCGGCGGCGAGAGCGAACCCGGGACUGAGGCGGCGUCCCUGGAGAGCGCCGAGAGACAGCCUCACUGGACAGCAUCCAGUGUUUAUCACCUCUUGAAGAGAAGUAUCAAUGAUUCAAUCCACCCAGAUGACAGUGCGUUUCCUGCUUGUUCAGUGGGUGGCACGCCUCAUGCCAGGAAGUGGUUCUUUGCAGUACAAGCACUAUGCGGAUUUUAUCAGUUUUGUAGUUCUGAUUGGCAAGAGAUACAUCUCGAUGCUGAAAAGGAUAAGAUAGAAGACAUUCUUCAAGCAAACAUAGAAGAAUGUCAGAGGGCUGUUGAGUGUUUGGAAGAAGACGACUGUAACAGCAGGGAGUCCCUGUCCUUGGCUGACCUAUAUGAAGAAUCAGCAGAAAAUUUGCAUCAGUUAUCAGACAAGCUUCCUGCCCCUGGUAGAGCAAUGAUAGACAUAAUCCUAUUGCCUUCUGACAAAGAUCCUCCUAAAUUAAAAGAGUGCUUGCCCGCUGUGGGGGCCUUGAAACAUCUGAAGGAAUGGCAUUCAGCAAAAGUUAUCAUGGCAGGAAAUCACCGGGAGACAAACUGUCAGAAAAUUGCAGAAUACCUUUCAGCUAAUGUUGUACCUUUAGAAGAGUUCAGAAAUGCCAUUGACUCAAGGGAAUUGUGGAGGGGAGAGAUUCAGAUACGGGAAAGAAAGUUUGGAGUUGAAAUUAGUUUUCCUGAAUUUUGUUUAAAGGGAAUUACACCUAUGAAUGUUAGUGCAUAUAAUUUAAAUACCUGCUUUCUUGCAAAAAAGAUGGAACCCUCGAAAGAUAAGAAUAUUCUGCCUAAGGUUUUUCAUUAUUAUGGCCCUGCCCUAGAAUUUGUGCAGAUGAUAAAAUUAUCAGAUCUUCCCUCCUGCUACAUGUCUGACAUCGAAUUCGAGCUAGAGGUGACCGGAAACUGCAAGAGGCAGAAUUCCAGGCUGCUGUUGGAACAGCUCUCUUCUCUGUGUGGCAAGGUUGGCGCUCUUUUUGUAUUGCCAUGCACCGUUAGUAACAUACUUGUUCCACCUCCCAGCCAACUGGCUUCACGAAAGUGGAAGGAAUACAUCGCCAAAAAGCCCAAGACAAUUAGUGUUCCAGAUGUUGAUGUGAAAGGAGAGUGUUCGAGCUACUAUCUCCUGUUGCAAGGCAACGGCAAGAGAAAAUGCAAAGCCACAUUGCUUCACUCGGCCAACCAGAUCAAUGGCUCCUUUGCACUCAGUCUCAUUCAUGGAAAGAUGAAAACAAAGACAGAAGAAGCCAAGUUAAGUUUUCCUUUUGACUUCACAUCACUCCCAAGUUUUUCUGAGGAGCAGGUUUUGCAGAGAGAGAAACAGUUAGCCAGCAUACAAGUUUUGGCCUUGAAAGAAUGCCUGAAGAGAAGAAAAGCUGCAAAUCAGCCUGAAGCAGUUUCCACUGACGAACUCAAAAGUCUGUUGCUGCUCACGAGACAGCGCUUCCUAGGUCAUUCUGAUGCUCUCAACCCUAAAGCAGUUUUAACACAGCCAGACAAAAUGAAAGCAGCUGCUGGUAUGGUCAGGGAUGCCAAUAAAGUUGAACCUUAUUCAAGUCUAAUGGAAACCAAUCCUGUGGAAUGGCCAGAAAGACACGUUCUUCAGAAUUUAGAAACUUUUGAAAAAGCUAAAAAAAAAAUGAGAACUGGUUCAUUACCUCGUUCAUCUGAACAGUUGCUGGGCCGUAAAGAGGGUCCCCGGGACUCAAUCACAUUAUUGGAUGCUAAAGAACUGCUAAAAUAUUUCACCCCGGAUGGAUUACCAGUUGGAGAUCUACAGCCAUUACAGAUUCAAAGGGGGGAAAAACCGUUGGUUUUGACACCAGAACUUAGUCCUCGGAAACUUCAAGUCUUACCUUUUGAAAAAGCCUCCGAAUGCCAUUACCACGGGAUUGAAUACUGCUUGGAUGACCAGAAAGCUUUAGAGAGAGAUGGAGGGUUUUCCGAACUUCAGUCUCGUCUUAUUCCUUAUGAAACCCAGACUACCUGCACCAGAGACAGUUUUCCAGUCCCCUCUGUGUUGAGCCCUCUCCCGUCCCCUGCGGUUCUGUCAGAGCCGCGGAGUGUCCCCGACGGAGAGGCACUACAAAGCGAACUCCGAACUGAAGUUUCUGGACUGAAAAGGAGAUCUAAGGAUCCGAACUGCCAUUACCCCCAGAAAAGGCUUACAAAAUCAGAAAGUUCUUCUGAUUGCCUGCAGUCUCAAACAAGCUGCGGGACUAGCCAUUACCGUCACGUGGGGACAUCCCGAAAGCCACAGCCGGAGCGAUCUGUGUCAGUGCCCCCAGUUCAUCGUGAAGCUUCCAAAGUCACCACAAAGACCAGUUCGGGACAAAAAAGUGUGCACUCAUCGAAACCAUCAAAGCAGGUUAAGGAAUCGCGGUCACAGAAACAUACACGGAUGCUGGAACAAGUGGUCAAGGACACCCUAAGGAGGCACCGCAUCACUGAGGCCCACGAGUGCUUCGCUGCUUGCAGCCAGAGACUCUUCGACAUCUCCAAGUUCUACCUAAAGGAUCUUAAAACAUCAAGGGGUCUCUUUGAAGAAAUGAAGAAAACAGCCAACAACAACGUGGUACAGGUGAUCGAAUGGGUGUUAGAAAGGAUAAGCAAGAAGUAAGCCGGUACUUCUCCCAUCCCUUAGGAACCCUGCUAUAACCCUUACUCCGAGAGUAGAUGCUACAUUUGUAAAGAGGACCCCUAGUGUCCUGUAUUUAUAGAGUUUUAGUGAUGCUCAGUUAACGUGUUUUUAAUUAAUGCACUUAUUUUUACAGCUUCACAGUAUCUUAAUCUUAUUUUUAUAUAUUUUAAAUGUUUUACCUCUUGGUUAUUUAAUUGUUCAAUAAACAGUAAUAUUUCUUUA